AUGCCUCUUGUCACUCCCAACCAAGACCCCAACGCCAGCGCCUCCUCCAAGACGGACGAGUGGCAGGGAAAGCUCGUCGGCAAGACGCUCAACGAGACGGCGACAAACGAGACGAACUUUUGCAAGCGUGAGCUGCCCCAGGAGACGCGCAUCAUCGAGCCCGGAACCAUGGUCACAAAGGACUUUAGAGAGAACCGCCUCAAUGUCCACGUCGAAAAGGACGGUGUCGUCACGCACGUCUACCACGGCUAG